AUGUCGCCGGAUCACAACGGUCGCAAAGACGGCACUCAGCAAAGCCCAGACUUGGAGGCUGGCGUAGACAGACCACCAACGUCGCCCAUCUCACGCGCAUUGUGGAACUUCUCGUCGCAAUGGUUCCUUGUCCCCCAGGGAACUGGUAUCAUAGCUGUGAUACUUCAUCAGCUCGACUACCAGUUUCGAGGGCUGGCAAUCAUAUCUGUUAUUGUAUGGAUAUACACUAUCGCAUUGCUGAUGGUGGGUGUGUUGCUAUACCUACUCCGAAUUUUCAUUUACCCUCGGCAUGUUGCUCGUACGCUCCGAACAGACAUUAUUGAGACCGCUUGCCUCGCUAGCAUCUCAAUUACGUCCACAUCAAUUAUCCAAAUGAUUGCUCUUGUGCUUGUCCGCCGGUGGGGACCAGCCUGGGGUAUUGUCGCAUACAUCCUAUGGUGGAUCAACACUGCUAUGGCAGUUAUAGCAGUCAUGGGAAUUCCUUACGUCUUCGUCAAAGUUCAGCCACCCGGUGUCAAAGAAGUCACACCUUGCGUGCUACUCCCAUUAAUCGCAGCUUUGACUUCGGCUGCUGGCGGGGGUGUCAUAUGUCGAUACGGAGCGCUUAGUGACCGUUUACAAGUUCCUGUCAUUAUCGUCUCAUACCUCGAAGUCGGUCUCGGACUUGCCUUGGCAAUGGCAUUCAACCAUGUCUUUGUGACAAGACUUUUUGACAAGUCUUUUCCACCCUUGGAACAGAUAUACCAGGAUAUGAUACUGUGUGGCCCAUUUGGACAAGGCAGCUUCGCUUUACAAAUCCUCGGCCAAGUGGUUUCACGAGGGAGCUUUGCAGGAUACAAUCGAGGCACAUUCUUGACUGCAGAGGCUGCUAAGCCUAUUGGCUUCGCAAGUCAGUUUAUCGGCCUGCUAGCUUGGGGAUAUGGCACAUUUUGGUGGGUUUUCGCUAUUAUCAGUAUCCUACAUACCUUCAUCUCUCAGCCGGGUGGUAUACGAAAGUCGCACUUUACACUGUCUGCUUGGGCCCUUGUCUUUCCUAUGGGUGUGUACACAAACGCCGCUGUACAGUUCGGUAAGAUCAUGGAUUCUCCAGCCUUCAAGGUAUGGUCUACGGUACUAUUGCUACUACUUGUCAUAAUCUGGAUUGUGAACCAAAUUUUUACUGCCAGAGGGCUGUACUCUGGGAAGACCUUAGGAGUCAGGCGGACAGACUAG